AGCCCCCGCGACACGUCCAAAAUGUCUGGCAUGCUCGGCACUGUCUACAACGCGGUCCUCCGCAGCAACACGACCAUGUUGUUCGCCGUCUUCGGCUCCGCUUUCGGCCUCCAGCUGGCGUUCGACACCACCUCUGACAAGAUCUGGGACAACAUCAACCGCGGCCGACAAUGGAAGGACAUCAAGCAGCGAUACAUGGAGGCCGCCGAGGACGACGAGUAGAAGAGCGACUAGACAACGACUCAAGCAUGAUAUAGACAUCUCUUUGCGGUUCUUGGGGACGGACGCAUGCGACGGCCAUGUAUUCUACCAGAUGCGAAAUACCAAUCCGAGGCGGUGACCCUAG